ACGACGACGACGACGACGACGAUGAUGAUGAUGAUGAUGAUGAUGAUGAUGAUGACGACGACGACGACGACGAUGAUGGUGAUGAUGAUGACACUGCACGAAAACAUGUAUAACAAAAAUAACAGUCAAAAACACUAACCAUUCAUUGGAUGAAUUAUACAGAAAUCCCCCUGUCAUUUCCAUCAUGUGGUCGCGAUUUACAAUAAUUCAAUGUAAAUGAAACAGCCGGUUUGAAUGCACAAUUUGAUUGAUUUAAAUCCGAUUUACAUUGCUCACAUUAAAAACAAAACGUAUUUAAUUACACAGUUAAAAAAAUGGAGAAUUGAAGUUGGUUUAUUGUAUUAGUUACGAAGUUAACCAGGACUUAACAAUGAAUCUGAUAAGCUUUUUGAGUGUAGUGCUGUUAGUAAUGCAUCUGCAGGCUUCCAUAUUUGCACAGAUUUUAUGGACGAUAAUUCCUCCGGACAAAUUAAAAUUUGACCUACGACCUAAUAACACCAGAAUUAAGCCCUUCACAUUCAGGACAACGCCUUUAGUGUCACCUGCCAGAGAUCUUGUCGGAGGUGCCGGAAGGAUCACUUGGCACCUGUCGGGUACCAACAAAACGAUUAACCGAACUAUGAGCUGGAGAGACGGCCAGGGUACGCAAGGAGAUGUCGGAGUCGGGCAACAAAGGAACACACGCAUCUCAUGGGUCGUCAAUCAUAGUCCGAAGACAGAGUUGUCCGGUCAAGUCGGCGUCCGACUUAACAUUGGCGGCGAAGGAAGAAGACGUUCAUCACGAAGAGGCGAAGGUGGAAGAAGACGUUCAUCACGAAGAGGCGGAGGUGGAAGAAGGCAUUUAUCACGUGGAGACGGCGGAGGCGGCGAAGGCGAUCGCCUUAAAGAGGCAAAGUCCCUGGAGGAAGCUCAAUGAAGUUUUCACUGAUUUUGCGUAUUGAAGUGUUCAAAUAAUUUAAAUGAAAAUUAAAUUUAAUUUAUCUUG